ACAGUCACCUUUCCAGAAUCGAGGUAGUCCGUGCCCGACUGUCUGACCGUGGGCGUCCACAUAAGCUAAGCUCUCUGUUCACUUAUUUCCCUUUUUAGAAUUUCACAUAAAGAGAGAAAAUUAAUUAAUUGAACCUAUUGCUUUUCUAAUUCUGUGAUUUCGUGCUGCACACAGUGUCAAUCUUUAUUUGAAAGUGUGCGUCCUGAUCGAAAACGACCUACCGUUUCCAAUCUCACGAGCUCAACGGCAGACAAAAUGAAUUACGGAGGGGAAUUAACGACGAGUAAUGUGGAGAAUAACAGCGUCAACUCCUGCGGCGCACGGCUCAACACUACACUACAUAAACACGAGCACCUACCUGACCUACCUGAAGAUACAUUUGGAAUCUUAAGGCAUCAGGCACGAAGGAAUAAUAAGGAGACCCAACUGCCAGUGGGAAGCCAUUUGAAACUGGCAAUAGAAACAUUACCGAGCAGUCUGCGCAAAAUUGCGAGGCAUGAGGAACCAGAGUUCAGCAAUGCGAGCAUCCUGAACAGUAUGGAGACGUUUGUGAGGACCGUGAACGAGAUGGAAGAGACCAUUCUGGUUCCCAGUCGUCUCCUGGACUUGGCUGUGGGCGACUCAUCAGACAAAGUUUGUCAAAAAGGCAAGCGUGGCACUACCAUCAAGGACACGAUGGUGAACACGGACCUGUAUCGCCUCUACAACAUUGUCAACAAGAUGAAGGUAGAGCUUCUCUGGUCCCAGGAAUCCCCCCAGGAAACCCAGAUGGACCUUGAUCGCGAGGACAGCCAACGAAUCAAAAGCCAAUUUCAAUCCGAGACAAGCAGCGUGCGUCUUGGACACGCUCGUUGUCCCAGCACGACAUCCAUGCAGAGUGUCCAGUCGGCAUCAUCGAUUGUCUCCAGCUCUUCAGACUCUGAAUCAGACGCCGGAAUCGAGAACGACUCUGGCCUUGAGACUGAAGAACCCAGUGAUCGAUUGGCUAAUCAAGCGGCAGAGAACUUUAGACGUCAUCUGCGAGGCCUCCAUCGCAGCAUCGCUCGAAUGACCGAGGCCGCUGAAUAUCUCACUCUCCGAUACCAGGAAGAUGUUGGAGGACAAGUCUGAUAUCCCAGAUUCUCCUCCUCCUCCCCCCUCUCGAUCCUUUACCUCAUCUUCGACUUUUUCAUCCUUUUUUCUAAAACAUUGACAAUCACCUGGCCCAGUCUCUAUUCCAUGUUGCAGGGAACAUAAUUCCCGCGGACUAGGUCCGAGCACAAAAACUCUAAUUGGCCAAGUUUCAAUUUCCAAUCUGGAGCUGCAAAGCAGGAUUAUUUGUUGCUAAUCCAGAGCUGCGAAUCCAAAUGUGUGGUUUGCAGAUGUCUAGAAUAUUAAGAUUAAAAUUAUAGUUAAAUUGUACAUUUUUGAUACAUACUAUUCAAAGAUUCUUGUUUUCAAGUUUCUGGGGAAAAAUCUCGUAAUGAUUUUUAUGUUGAAUUUAUUGUUAAUGCACACCUGCUGGUCAAAGACUUUCUACUUUUGUUAAAAAAAAAAAAAAAAAGACUAAAAUUAAUUUCAGAUUUUCAAAUUGAAAGUCUUUAUGGAAGUUUCCGAAUUGAAUUGAAAUCAUUUUGAUGUAAAUGUACUUAAAUUUCGACAAGUUUACAUUGAAGCUUUUCAAUUGGAUCUUUAAACAGAAAGAGUGUCGCUGGCAGCAGGCCUGUAUUUCUCACAAAACAUAAAAAAAAAUUCACUUAAUUUUCCAACAAGUUAUAUUCAAGUAGUAUUUCUAAAAUUGAAUCAAUAAAUUUGAUAUUUUCGAGAAACCGAGUGCUUAAGAGUCUGGAUCUCUAAAUUUCCAUUUGUUUUUAAAAUGUAACUUUACUAGUCAUUCCUUCACGUGCAUUGUUAUUUACUAAAAUUUUGCAAUGCGUCGCAAACGGAGGCGACCACUUCUCCUUUAUCUUUCAGCGCUCGGUUAAUCGAAUUGAAGAGACUUAACUACAUGAAAUUUCCUUAUUAUCGAUGAAAGGAUGUUACAGAGACGAGGCGAUCGGUCGAAAUAUUCGGGCAUAGUGUUCUGCUCAAAUUUCGUCGAUUUAAGGAAGGAUAAAUUAAGCAUUUUCCUCGUUUUCGAUCGAUCGCUUUCCGGCUGGUUCGGUAUUUAGGAUCGAAAAAAUUGUACAUAGAGUUUAGGUUCUACGAUUAUUUAUUUUUUAUUACUCUCUACGUUUAAACGAUUGUAUUUAUGAUAGUCGACUUUUAAUCUAAUUUUUUAUCACGCCUUCUGAAGAAUUCGAUGCUUUUUAAAGAAACUGAAAAGAGAGAGAGAGAGAGAACGAAAAAAAGUAACUUUGCGAGAUAACUGAAAUCAAAAUUUAAAAAAAAAGCGAAAAAAUAUGUAUCGAGUUUUUCAGAAGUUUUUCUAGAGGCGAAAGGCUGCGUUGAGCAAAUUAUUUUGCAAAGGAAUAUUGACUUGGUUAAUGGAGCGUAACUCCCACCUGGUUUAUCUCUCUGUAUAUAAUUUGUAAAUAAGAUCGCGUAAUGUAAAUCGUAGUGGCAUCUUUCGCACGCAUCACUGCUCAAUUUUUUGCUCUGCAAUUUCCAUCUCACGCGCUUUGUUGCGAUUUACGUUUUUUUUUUCUUUUUUUUUUCUUCGUAUUUAGACGCACUAGGUCUCGUGCCAAAAUUUUUAACGCAUGUACAAGAAAGCUGCGAGUGAUUGCGCAUUUUGAAAAAGGCGAUUCUUCGGUUAUUUUUUUUCUUUGAUUAGACAGUAAAGCGUAGCCUAGUUUAGCGUUGAAUUUCUGUAUCGUUGCAUUCCGCGAAAAAACAGGGACGCAAAAUUUCUAGUUAGUCUAUCGUACUUUUUAUUUUAUGUUACGUUAUUAUUUUCUUUUUCUUCUUCUUUUUCUGCUGCUGCUGCCGGCAGAAAAUCUGGUAUCGUUUAGAAAUUUGAUAUUAUCGAUGAUGUAAUGUCAGAGUUAAAUUGAAUUUCGGAUACGUUUCUAGCGACAAAUAGAUUUACCGCUGUUGGUUAUAGAGCCGUUUACUAUAGUUUUAUCCAAAGCAAAUGAUUAUAAAUGUGUAUUCAUCGUGGAAUGUGUUAAUGGAUGAAUUGUGUAUUUUAAUUUCGGAGCGAUUGCAUUUUGUCAUUCCUGCAAAUUCAGUUUGUACAGUAGCAACAUCUUGUACGACAGGAUAUUGAUAAUAAAUUUGCAAUCGCCUUUUUCAA